AAUUAGUUCGUAAAUUACCGGAAGUGAAUCUGUUCUAUAUCCGGGUCAGAAUCUGUUUACACUCAGUAUGAUGAGUUAAAGAGAGACAAGCGGAGAAAAGCUGCACAGUUUAUUUCCGUUUUCCGCAUUAUCGAUUGAAAUGGCGUCUCAAAUACCUCUAACUGUGAAGACGCAGCCGGCAGCAACCGGUGCUGCCGCUUUUCGGGGAAAGAAACGUCCUGGUAGUCCGGCGGUCUCAGCAGUAGCUCCACAGACCGGCGGGAGCAGCGGCAGCAAGAAGAAGAAAGGACCUCUGCCGGUGCCACCGACCACACAAGCACAGGUGUCAGCAGUUGAGACGGUGGCUGAGUUAAAGCCAGCAGGUCCCACAGACAGUUGUCCAAACAGCACAGAGUCCUCCGUAAAGCCUCCACCCUUCAAAGACCAGUUAUUUAUGCACUCUGGGAUUGGUGGAGCAGCAGCAGGCAAAAAGAACAGGACCUGGAAGAACCUCAAACAGAUUCUAGCUUUAGAGCGGACUUUACCCUGGAAGCUCAGUGAUCCCAACUACUACAAUAUUGAUGCUCCUCCAUCUCUGAGGCCAGCCAAGAAAUACUCAGACAUCUCUGGUCUACCAGCAAACUACACAGACCCUCAGACGAAGCUCCGCUUCACAUCAUCUGAGGAGUUCUCCUACAUCCGUCUCCUCCCCACCGAUGUUGUUACAGGUUACCUGACCCUUCGAAAGGCAACGUGCAUCGUACCAUGAGAAUUAAGAAAAUCUGAAACGGGUUCAAACAGGAUUUAAAAUCACCUCAGUGGAAGAGGCGACCAGCAAUGGAGUUCAGACUGCUCAGAGUCAGCUCAGCUUUCAGCACUUCUGGAACAAUGGCAGCAAGAGCUCAAAGGCUCACUGAGGAACAUUUGCACUGCUGCUAUAAAAUAAGUUUUUAAUAAUAAUGUAGUCAGAAAUGUCUCAGAAGUAAAAAAGAGAGACAUUGGCGUUUAAAAAAAAAAUCUCAUUUAGAAAACAUACUUAGUGCAGUUUAUCUGUUUAACACGUUUCCAUCAGACAGUUAAUCAGAAUCUGGUCGCUUUAAUGUUAUUCCAGCUAGUUCUUAGGAUUUUGUAAAGUUUAAAAGAAAAAAUCCCUUAAAUUGUUUUCCAGAAGAAUUUUCAUACUUCUUCUCAUGAAUUAACAUGCUUGACAUGCACUUACUUCUUCAUUGUCAAGUCAUAGCGAGGUAUACAUUUAUUAACGCUGUAUAUCAUCUUUUAUACAAUAUGUUCAGCCUGAAUUGUGUGAAUUGAUUCAUUUUUUAUUUGGACAAACUUGGAUUGGAGUUUUCAUUUGUCUUAGGUUGUUCUUCAUGCGGGGUCUGUUAAAAGUUUUUAUUAUUUUUUUUGUAUGAAGGUUCACUGUUGAUCAAUAAUUGAGACAGAUAAAAAAACCAAUGUCUGAGUUUCAGUUUUGUCCAUUACCCCCCCCACACACACACACAUUUCAUUGUAGUAGGAUCUUAAAGGUUCUGUUUAAUUAAAAAAAUAAAACCUCCCGAA